AUGCAUAUCAUCUUAGUUUUUCCCCUUGCCAAAUUUAUGCAGCAUUACAACGAUGCAACCAGUCUAAAACAGAAAAUAACAGCUCGUUCAUAAGUAGAUUUGCAGCUUCCUAAGUUCCACUAUGCCACAUACCGCAACUAUAAACCUAUGUUGCACAAUAAGUAAAUCAACAAACAUUUACAACAUACUAAUCACCAAGAAAUUCAAGAAUCACGGCUCAUACUAAUCACAUGUCACAAAUAUCUUUUCUUGCGAUUUUCCUAUGUUGGUUGUGUCACUUCUAAGACAUACCUUAUAUCCUAGUGAGCUCAAGAUAGAAGGUAGAAACUUGAGUGGUCUUAAAGUAUUGAUCUGUCUCUAGCAACUUGGUAUACACGGUUUCCAUCAAGUCAUUUUCAACGUAUGGACGUCUUCGUUACAAUGAAACAUCCCCUUUCUUUAUCACAGUCCCUUCUUCUACUUCAUCAACAUCGUUCAGUUUUCCAUGGUAAAUGCUAAAGAGUCAUAGUCUUGUUCCACUCUUACUUUCUUUUUCUAGCCCCAUUUCUACUCUGCCUGACUUUUCUUAGUAAACUUUUCGUACCGGCACUUACGUUUUAAGUUGUCUUACAAAAAAACAAAACAAAUAAAUACUAAUAAAAAGUUAAAAACUGAUAUAUUAAUAGCAACCACUCAAAAUAAAAUAUUUUAAAAUAAUAUAAUAUCCUGACUGUCCACCAGUCCAUUCGAAGACUAAGUCAUCCUAACACACCUAAUUUACAAGGAAAUUUCCCUUUGGUAAUAGAUUUCCAGAUAAAGAAUAUAUAUAAAGAAACCAAGACUUGGACAAAAAAAACCAUGUUCCUAUUCUUCUUCUUCUACUACUUCUUCUUCAGCCUAGUGUUCAUCUUCAAGAAAAAAAGCAGAGGAGAGUACCAUGAUAAAUCUUUAUCAGUCUCUGACAAAAUCUUGGUCCUAUGCAACCAUAUGGAUGCUCUUUGUGAUUCCCUCUUUUGUUUUGUCAGUUGAUGAGCAUCACAAAAAAUGCUAUCAAUCGUUUACAUGCGCCAAUCAGAGAGGACUCUCUUAUCCCUUUUGGAUACCGGGGAGAAAAGAGUGUGGCCACCCGGAUUUCAAGGUCAACUGCAGCGGAGAUGUCGCAGAGUUUAGUAUAUCCUCUGUCAAGUUCCAAAUCCUUGAGAACAAGGGUUACAGCAUAAUACUUGCCAUAAAGGAUUAUCAAAGCAAUCUUUGUCCCCGACACCCUGAAAAUGUUAAAAUCAACCCGGAUGUUCUUCCAUUUUCUCAGGACACUAUGCUGUCAAUAUUUUAUUACAACUGCUCUGCUCCAAGGGUAGAUGUUCCUCGCGAUUUUUACAUUACAAAGCUGGACUGUGGGAAUGACAAUGGUAGGCGUAGUUACUUUGUCUCGUCCUUUUUACAGUCCUGGGAUAGAGCUAUCUUAGAAAAUUCAAGCGCAUCGUGUGAAAGAAAUGUCAGUAUUCCUGUAUCUCGAUAUGCCUUGAGUAUUGAAGACGGAAGUCCGACUCUGGAGGCUAUAGAGAAGGCUCUUAAGGAUGGUUUCGAGGUUAUGUUUACCACUGAAUGUUGGAAAUGCAAAGAAUCGCAUGGUGCUUGUGGUUAUAAUGAUAGCUCGAGAGCAUUCGUUUGCUACUGUGUGGACGGGCCUAGCAACCAUACUUGCGAUUCUGGGAUACCAAAGAAGAGACCCUACAGACCUACAAAAUCAGCACUCACCGAAUCAAAGAAAUCAGCACUCACCCACAAACAGAAACUAGGAAUCGGAUUCGCUGGCGGGUUCUUGGGUGCCACUCUUUUAGCAGGAGCUGUACUCUGUUUCAUAUGGAGAAGAAAGAAACUGGCAGCUCAAAACACAAGCAAAGGCCUAUCAACAACAUCUCCUUAUUCAAGCAGUAAUACAAUGUCCAACACUCCAACUUCCACAACAAUCUCCGGAAGCAACCACUCUCUCAUGCCGUCAAUCUCCAACCUUGCAAAUGGAAGCGACGUCUACUUCGGAGUUCAAGUCUUCAGCUACGAAGAACUCGAGGAAGCCACCGCGAAUUUCUCAAGAGAGCUUGGAGAUGGAGGAUUUGGUACUGUCUACUACGGCAUACUAAAGGACGGACGAGCAGUAGCUGUAAAACGACUCUUCGAGAGAUCACUAAGACGAGUUGAGCAAUUCAAGAACGAGAUUGAUAUCUUGAGGAACUUGAAACACCCGAACCUAGUGAUUCUAUACGGAUGCACGACAAGACAUAGCAGAGAGCUACUCUUGGUGUAUGAAUACAUCUCUAAUGGCACACUCGCUGAUCAUCUCCAUGGAGACCAAGCACAGUCUCGUCCUAUUUGCUGGCCUGCAAGACUCAACAUCGCCAUUCAAACCGCUAAUGCAUUGUCUUUUCUCCAUGCCUCAGGAAUCAUACACAGAGAUGUGAAGACUACAAACAUUCUUCUAGAUAGCAACUACCAAGUGAAAGUAGCUGACUUUGGUCUCUCACGGUUGUUUUCCACGGAUCAAACUCAUAUCUCCACCGCGCCGCAAGGAACCCCGGGAUAUGUUGAUCCCGAGUAUUACCAAUGUUACCGCCUCAACGAGAAGAGCGACGUUUACAGCUUCGGAGUCGUCCUCUCGGAGCUGAUCUCGUCCAAAGAAGCAGUCGACAUCACUCGGCAUCGACACGAUAUCAACCUCGCGAACAUGGCCAUCUCCAAAAUCCAAAACGACGCCGUCCACGAGCUUGCGGAUCUGACUCUCGGAUUCGCGAGGGAUCCUGCGGUGAAGAGGAUGAUGAUGUCGGUUGCUGAGCUGGCGUUCCGGUGUUUGCAACAGGAGAGGGAAGUGCGGCCGUCGAUGGAUGAGAUCGUCGAGGUUUUGAAAGGGAUUCAGAAGGAAGGGAUGCCAGAUUUUCCGGAGGUGGUGGACAUUGAUGUGAGCGGAGGAGAUGAAGUUGUGUUGCUAAGGCACGGAGUUCCUCCGCCGUUAUCGCCGGUAACUGAGAAAGAGACAAGUAGCUCGAAUACGACGGCGAGUUCGUUUUGAGAGUGUAGUAGGAGAGUCUAUGGACCCCAACGAGGGUUCGGUGUAAGUAUAUAUAUUGUGAAUUUUACCUUUUCACUUUUAUUUUACCUGACGUCUGAAUUGUUGACUAUUUUCUGUUGUAUUUUGAUAUUUUAGCAAAAGGACUAAUACAAUUACCGUAUCGUCAUA